AUGCAUUCCUUUCUAAGUCGAUUAAAUACUUUAUUUGCUUUUACAAUAAGUGUUCUUGCUGUACUAACAAUUGGUGUAUUUGUAUCGACGUAUUUUGAAAAAUAUUAUGAAACUGUAUCAAUUGGAGUGAAUAAACCAAUUGUAAAACAUAUGACUGAUUAUUCGGCAAAUCGAAAGAAGAAUGAUUUAGGUGUAUUACAAUUGAAUUUAGAUAUGAAUCUUAAUCAAUUAUUUGAUUGGAAUGUUAAAGUAUUAUUUUUAUAUUUAAUCGCAGAAUAUGUGACACCAGCAAAUAGUCUCAAUCAAGUUGUUCUAUGGGAUAAAAUAAUUCGACGUGGUGAAAAUGCACGUAUUUAUUUACAUGAUAUUGCAACGAAAUAUUAUUUUUGGGAUGAUGGAGAGAAUUUAAGAUCGAAUAAUGUAACAUUAUCACUUGCAUGGAAUAUAAUACCAAAUGCUGGUCGUUUACUUCAUGUUCCAGCAAAUGGAUCAACAUCUUUCAUUUUUUCUGAUCAAUAUACAACAAGUCGAGCAGCUAGUCCAAAAUCAAAUAUCGAUAACGAAACUAUUAAUAGUCAAGAUUCAUGUAAAUCGCGAAAUACUAUUACCCGUCAAUGGUUUCAUUGGCAAACAUCAUACAAAAAUCAUAUUAAAACUCUCGAAAGGUCUGUCAAUUGGUGGAAUCUUUCUCCAACAUCAUAUCUUGGUAUCAUUGUUCAUCUCACUAAAACAAAUGAAAUCGACUUACUACGAAUAUCACUUGCUCAGUUAUCAUUUCUACUAUCAAAUAAUCCACGACCAGUUGCUAUUUUUCAUGAAGGUGAUUUUGAUAAUAACCAAACUUCACAAUCUUUGGCACAAACACUUGGUCCUCAUACACCGUUAGCUUUUGAAAGAAUCGAUUUUUCUAAUAAAUCAGUUGGACCUCCUCCAGUUGAUCCUAUUACAUUUUCUCGUGGUUAUUCUGAUAUGUGUCGUCUUUUCACUCUCCUGCUCUCAAAUCAUCUCCUCUCGUCAAGUAAUAA